AAAAGCGUUCGGUCGUUUUUUUCGCAGGUUGGCAUGGAUUUGAAGAGGUAAACAGUAAACUUCUAGGGCUGAUAUUGCACUAUGUGUCGUUUCCCCUCCAUUCUUUAGGCUUUUAUUAUUCAAGCAGCAUUAACUUUACGAUUAAUAUGUCUCCUAAAACGGUGUUUGAUGGGAGGGAAAGCCUUUAACACAGUGUAGGUAGAAAACAAUAACUAUCAGAGCUGCUGCGCUUCCUGCUGUUCUCUUGUGAAAUGUCCUCUCGCAUGUUUGAUGGAAAUGAAGAGAAAAGUGGGAAAAUUGAGGCCGAGUCCGAACGAAGAGGCUCGGAUAAUACGGGAGGAACAUGAGAGGAGGAGAAAACUGCGAAUCCAACAGGUGAGGGAGCAGCAGCGGAACAUUGCGCUGCACAUCCGCCGGGAGGUUGAGCAGAGGCGGCAGCGAGAGCUGGAGAAGCUGGGAGAGGAGUUGAGGGUGGACUGGGAGCGACAACAGAGGGAGAAACUCGACACACUGCAGAAGUUAUACCAAGAGAGCCUCCAACUUCUCGGGCAGGGACACAGGAGUGCUAAAGAAAAUGAACUGGACUUGGCAGCCUUAGCUCGAAAGGAGGAAGAAAAUCAUGCCAAAGCAGCGGAGCGUCAUCGAGAAGCCUUAAAAGAGCUCAAAUCACAGAGGCUUAAAGAUCAUGAGAGGCAAAACAGGUGCAUCAAUACCAGAAAGAAGGCACUGCAGGCAGAAAAAGAAAGAGCAGCUAAAGUGGCCAGUCUCCCACCGCCUCCACCGAACCCCAUUCAGAACAUCGAUGCCAAGAAGCCUCAUGUUGUAAAGAAAUCUGAUGUGAGCGCCUUUGCUGCCACACAUUACCACAUGCCUGAAAGCACAGUGGACAGAGAGGAGGAGACAAUGCAGCCUGAUGCCCAUGAGGGAGCUGAGCUGGAGGUGAGGAGACUGCAGGAUUUACAGAGGGAGGAGCAGAGGAGGAGGGAGGAGCAGCUUGAGAAGGCUCGUCUCAGGGGGAAGCAGGCUCUGAGGAAGGAACAUCUUGUGCAGGAUCGUGAGCGCUUGCUUGUUGAACUGGAGCACAUGCAGCAGACAGAUCUGCUGAGGAGGAGACAGCAGGUGGCACAUAUGCCUCCUCAGAUCUUCCAGCCUCUCUAUAAAAGGCAGGAGACGAGAGAGGACUUCCAGAGGGAGAUGGAGUUUGCCUUCGAGGACAUGUAUACUGGAGAGAGAAGAGUAAAAGGUGACCUGGUGGUCCAGCUGGUACCCGAGCCUCUGCCUGCUCUGUCCACAGACAGCCAGGACCAAGCGCUGGACGUCACACUGGAUGAAAUCUCUUCACCAGAAGUAGAAAGCACACAGCAAGAAGCUGCGAGCAGCGAGUGUGGAACAUCUGCACAAGAGGUGCCCUCCAAACGUGCCCCAGACGGGCAGCGAGACACCACCAUAGACACCGGCUCUCUGACCAGUGAGGAGAAGGAACACCUGCCCCCCGCAGAGCUCCCGGAGCCUGACAGCUCGCCAUCAGCAAUGGCGACAGCAGAGCCCGCUGCAGCAGAUACUCUACAUCCUGAUGGACUGCUCAACAGAAUCCAAGAGUUUGAAGAAGCACGAAAGAAACGGGAAGAAGAAUUAGAGAGGGAGAAGCGGCAGCAGGUGGUGUUGCUCCAGGAGCUGGAGGAGCAGAAAGCCAAAUUGGAGCAGAUGCUGCUUGAGGCCCGGCAGGAGAGAGAACACCUGAAGACUGCUGUGACUGAAGAAGUACCUCUUGUUCCUCCUUCAGGUGAAGAUGACCACAGCAGCAGGAUACGAGAGUACCAGCAGCGACUGCUUGAACAAAACAGAACUCACCAGAGAUCAGUGGAAGUCGCUCGCCAGCGCCUGGAGGAAUACCAGCGAGCUCUAAGAAUACGAUACAACAUGACUGCUGCAUCCUCAUGGUCAGCUGUUGUACCUCCAGGUGUCGUUCACCUACCUCCUCAAAGUGCUCCACCGGUACAUCUUCCAGCUCCUCUCCUACUGCCUACGACUCCUGCAGUUUCUGCAUACACCCGUGCUAAACCACAAACCUCUGUGCAAGUUCCCACUAAAGAGUCUGACGUGUUGUCCUCUCCUCCAUACCUUACUGGCUCCAGUUUGAGGGUUGGCUCCAGGUUGUUGUCAGAUGAAGGGGAGUCAGUGUCAGAACAUUCUAGUAACCAGAGACCAGAAGUCACCGCCUGGCUGACUGACAACAUAAUGGAGAAAGUAACAAGGCACCUCAGAGAGCGAGAGGGACCCUCCUCCUUCGCCUCAGAGCCACUACCUUACAAAGCACAAAAAACACACCAAUCAGCCAGCAUCCCACUCCAGCCAACCUCUGAUACCACCACAAGCCAAAGAAUCACAGAGGACGUAACUGCUCACCUUUUAGGUCGUGAAGAGGUUAAGACAGUCCUCCCCCCGCAGACUGGAUCCCUCAGCUCAAGAGAAGACGACAUGGAGACGCAGAGACGGGAGCUGCAGGAGGUCCAGAGACGGUUCCUGGAGCAGAGGGAGUUGUUAGCGCUGCAGGAGAGACAGCAAGAAGAAGAACGACGCAGACAAGAAGGGGCGAGGGAGCAGAUGAGGCGAGAGAAGGAGACACUGCAGGCUCUGAUUCAAAAUGAUGCAGAGCCACCUUCAGAGGCUUCCAGUGAAGUGUCGGUUUCAGACGACAUCAGCCAGACUCGUCUCAAAAUACUUGCUUCUCUGCUGAGAGCUAUAGAGGAGACGAAUGGAGGAACUUUAUCACACCUAGAAGAAGAUCCUCAGGAGAGAGAACAUCCCCCUUCUAACAAUGAAGAGAUGGUCUCUCUGAGUGAUAUUCCUGCUGGACCGUCCUCGGCAUCAGUCCCUUCCCAAGGACUCCUCCUCGCUCCUCCUCGAGCCGCGAAGCCCCCAGUGACCCGCGUCCGGCUGGGCAUCAUGGAGAUGACUGCGCAACAUGAGCUCAGUGUUAUUGAAGAGGUGGAGACACCAGUCAACACCAGUCUUGUAGCAGGCCCAGAGGAAAGCUUGAGGGUUCCUUUGGGCACAGCAGGCUGGGAUCCACGGGAGGGAUCAGAAUCAUCUCUGACAUCUGACAGCAGUUUGCAGACACCGUCUAUGGCCAGCAGAGGGCAGCAGACCACCGAAAGCCAAACUGGCUCUGGGGUGAGCUCGAGGACAUCCAGCUAUCUGGCCUGGAGAGAGAGACUGUUAGGGUCAGGGACAUCUCCUGAGUCCUCAGAGUCUGAUUCAGCACGUCGGAUAUUUUCACCAGUUUCCUCCGACUCUGGGAGGGGAGCCGACUACUCUGGCCGUGUAAUCACAAGCUUCAGAUCCCCCACAGAGUCAGCACACAGGCCCCCUGAUUCUGACUGCCUCUCCUCCACCACCAUCUCAACUGGGAGCUACAUCACCUCCGACCCUGAGCAAAACUUAACCACUGAUAAAUCCCUACCACGCAAGCAUUUUGCGGAUGCAGGGCAAUCACGUUUACUCCACGUCUCCUCUCCAUCUGACCAAAGCUCAGCAGCAGCUCAUCCCGGUCCAGCUGUAGACUCUCUGUUCAAUGACAGCAGCAUCCAGCGCAUUAUUGACCGAUACACAAAGGAACUUAACAUCUCUCUCAGCACCACAGGGAAAACCACAGACGGUGAAGGUUCAUUCACAGAUGACCCUGGUCCUUCAGUUUCUCAGCAGUCUUUGGUUUGUGUCUCGGAGAGGAGCGGGGAGGAUGAAGGCUCUUCAACUCAUCAGUCUCCUCCGUCAGACACGGCAUCGGAACAGAGGAGAGGCCUGGUCAGUACAUCACGAUCUAUAAUCAAUCCAAUCCAAGAGCGAUCAUCCAGACAGGACCCGUCACUAGCAGAGGAGCAGGACUCCUUCAGACCUCUGAUUGGCCACCUGGUAGACCAGUCGUCCUGUCUCGCUGCUGACCAUAGAGACUCGACCAUGGAGCAACUGGUUGGUCAACCGUCAGCGCACUCGUCCAUGAUUGGUCAGUCGGUGUCAGUGAGCAUGGAUCAGGGUGGAUGGGAUUCAACGCUGAUGCGGAUGAUUGGUCGCCUCUCCCAUCAGUCGAGCUCUCACUGGCUGAGUGGUGGGCAGGACUUUUAUGCCGGCCAGCUGAUUGGCGAGAUGCCUUCAGAGCAGGCGACCACAUGGCUGGAUGAAGGAGGGGAGGAGACUCUGAUGAGACCACUGGUUGGGGAGCUGGAUGAGUCUGUUGGCCAGCACAGUGGAAGCUCAGGUGAAAGAACUCACGUGGACCUUGGUGUUUCAACUGAAGCCAGCAUGCCGUCGUAUCCAGUUUUACCUUCUGAAGCCUCCACACACAGGGCCUCCCUCCCAAGUGUGACCCCACAUUCACAGGAGCAGACCCCCCAGGACCGAGCCAGUUCAAUCACCCGGAGCCAAGAGAGGUCUGAAGUGUUUCCAGACUCUGACUCGUUCCACCCGUUACUGGCCGAGGUCACCCACAAUGAAACAUCAGACCCCUCCAUGAUGUUUCACCAGCCUGAUCAUGAUGCGCCAAACUCACCUGAAGGGCAGCCCACAAGGGAAGAUCCAAGUUUUUCCACUCCUUCUGAAGAGUUUGAAACCCACGAUGAUCCCUCUGUUGAGUCUGAAGAGUCACCCGAGCGUCUCAGAGCAGAGGAGCCAUCCAGCUGCACGACGGCUUCCCCAGCAGUACAUGAAUCCUUCUCCCAGCUGAUGACUUCCCAGCUCUAUUCCCAUGACUCUGUCCUUACAGUGUCUCCCAGCAAGAGGACAGAUGUGGCGUUAACAGCUCUGAAUCUGUUACAUUUAAAUAUGUGUGAUGAUUCAACUGCAGUGGGUUUGCCACAGCCGGAGGAAGCCGACGCUGACACAAACUGCAUUUCUAAAAAGAACAAAUCUUCAGUCCAAGAAUUAGAGUCUGCGCAGAGUUCAAACCUGAGGAAUGUGGCUUCUUUCUCAAAUAUGAUAAUGGAAGCUGCCUGUGAGAAGGGGAUCCUGGAGCAGUCUGAGAUAACCCUGGUGAGUCUGACAGACACGACACUGCAGGACCAAGAGACUACUCUCACUGAUGAAGAGGACAUUUGGGAAGACAGAAAUCCUGAUGGGUGGAAGGAGGAAGGACAGAGAGAACAGAAGACAGAGGUGUCGGAAUCAAUGUUGUUACUGCAUGAGACUCAAGAGGACAAAAACCAAAAGCAUCCAGAGGAGCUCCUGGAGUUUCAGUGGGGUGUUGUUGGUGGAAGCCUGCAGGACGUUAGUCAGCAGAAGCGCAGAGCUCUGAUCCAGAGAUCAUCCCGCAGAGUUGAGGAAAUAAAAGCCAAAGCUGCUCUUGCAAAGAUUCAGCCUAAGAUCCAAGUGCCAUCUAAAGCCAGAGAGCCGUCAAGAGCAAAGGAAUGUCAUCCAGUCUCCCGUAAGGCGAAGACCAACUCAGAGAGUCAACAUAAAGCUAACACUAAUUUAAAUGAAGGACCGGCUGAGCUGCACAGAACCACUGAGACAUCUGGCUUUAAACAUCAGAAAAAGGCCCAGUGCCCCCUUCCAGUGAGGGAUGCCAGGCUGAGAGAGGUGGAGGUGAAGCUCCUCACACCAGAGCAGAGAAAACAAGAUGUUUCUGAGAUGCACCAGAGAACUCAGAGACUGUACGAGCAGCUGGAUGAGGUGAAGCAUCAGAAAGCGAUCAGGAGCAAACAGGAAGCUUAUGCAAAAAACAGACUGAAGGCCAAAGAGUUCCACAAGAAAACUUUACAGAAACUUCGUGCCAAGCAGACGCUGCAGUGAUCGACUUUGAAUGUGUUUUUCUACUUUUUUAGAUUUAAGUUAUUUUGUGAAUUUUAUCAAUAAAGGUUUUUAAUUUA